UUAUAUCAUUCUUUUGUACAUCUUUUAGGGCAUUGGAAGUUACUUUUUAAUGAAAACAGAUGAAGCGUGCCAAUAAAGAAGACAAUAUGUGGGACUGUAGUGUUUGCACAUAUCGCAAUUCUCCUGAGGCAUUCAAAUGUCUCAUGUGUGAUGUGAGAAAAGGAACUUCAACAAGAAAACCUCGUCUGAAUGCAGAGCUUGUGGCUGCACAGGUUGCUCAAGUUCUCCCUCCCAAGCCUAAGAAGCCUGAAAGAACUCAUAAGGAAAGAAAAUUUGAAGGUCGUCUUUCUUCAAAAGGAAGACCAAGAUUGAAGAAUGUCGACCGCAGCACUGCAGAGCAUAACGCAGUUACAGUCAACAAUGUCACUGUGAUCAUUACUGAAUUCCAGCCUAAACAGAAGAAUAUAAAUUCAUCCAGUAAUAAUAUUGCCUCCAGCAGCUCCGCUUCUGCCAAUCAUGACAACUCCUCGGAUGCUGUCAUGCACAAUAAUACCUCUGUAUCCGAGACGUCUGCUAUGUCACUUUCUCCAGAACCACAAGGAAAAUCUGAGCAAACAGUUUAAUUAUUAUUUUUUCAAGCAUAAUAUUUAACUUAGUUUUGUGUAUUAAUUUUAUGUUCAUCUAGAUCUGAUUCUUGAUUUCUUACUUCAUUUCAAUGCAAAAAUAAUGCGUUCGAAACGUGUUCUUCACAUUUGUAAAUAGUGUUUUAAAAAUUGAUUAAUACAUUAUGAAGAAUUUUUUUAGAAUUUAAAACUGAAGUUUCUCAGUUAUGUCUUGUUUUUCCUUUCAAACCUCCAAUAUUGUAAAGUUUUAUGGUGGGUGCAAAUGUUUUAUUUUGGGUCAACAUUAACUUUAAGAUUUGAAGAUCCGUUGACAUCAAUGGACUGUGACUGCGUUGUCUGCUGUAGUAUAAACUAUGCAUUUGACUGCAUGUGUAUAUAAUUGAAGCCCUAAAACAUGCUCUAAAUAUUUCAUUAAUCAUUUUUCUCAAGUUUUGAAUUUGUAUGUACAUUUUUUUUCUAGAAGUUGAAACCCCAGAUUUCAAGGCAGAUGAUGAUUUCAAUACCAUUUUAAUUCUAGUUUAAGAAGCUAUGUCAUUUCUACUUUAUGUCUAGGUAUAAAUUAUUGUACCUGUAACGUAAUGUUGUACAAAUACUCUAUGCUGCAUUAAUGUAGCAUUGUUAGGUGGUCUGGCUACGUGUUUUGUAAUGGUGACCAAUAUUGACGCACGAAUUGCCACAAUAAAAAUAUUAUUUCACC